AUGAAUGUUGUGAAAAGUACUGUGGUUAGUCAUCGAAAGGCUACAGCAAAUGAUUUUAAAAUAAGUAACUACCAGAUUUCUUGAGUUUUUUCUUAAAAGCUUAUCCGAUGAAUUUCAUAAAUUUCAAUAAAUAUGUUAUCUUUGUUCAAACAGGAAGACCAGGCCAGUACAUAGUGCCUCUACGUAUUAAUGAAAACCAGUUGUUUAAGAAACCUAAUACAAAUAAACCAUUACAAAAUUUGGUAAAUGAUAACAUCAUAAUUCGUUCUCAAUCAAAGUGCAGAGACGAUUUAAAUACAUCCACUAGUAAACUUAAAGAAACUAAUAAUUCACCUGAAACGAGAAAUAUAUUGCAAUUUGUACCAUCAACAUCUAAACAAUCAAACCAAAGCGAAAGUUUUAAUAGUCGAAUAUUAACAGAAAAUCCCAGUAUUUUCCUGUCAGACCAUGAAAUCAAUGAAAAAGUUGAGGGUUUUAUAUUUAGCAUUGAUACUCCACGUCAAGAUAUUGAAUCUCAAUUAACUGUGAAUUUACCCAGGUAAUAUUAUUGAAAUAUGAUUUUAACUAUGUAUAGAAGAUAUUUUAUGAAAUAGUUAAUUUAUUUUUAGAGCGUCACCUGUGGUUCCAGAUAUUAUACAAACAAAAUCUCGUAACUCUUUAUCUUUUAAAUCACCCAAAAUUAAUUUGGGUAAAGAAGAAAAUAUACAAAAUAAUGUUAUAUUAGGUACAUAAAUAUAUAAUAUGGGGAAUAAAAAUUAUUCAUAUUAACUUGGUAUAAACUAUAAAUAAUUUUUUUUAGUUUUGACUGGAGGUAGACGUUCAGCUCAAGGUGAAAUUGGUUUAGCAGCAAUUGAUUUAAAAAUACCAAUAUUAAUUAUGUGCCAAAUCAAUGACAUUCAAACAUAUACACAUACAAUCAAUAAGAUUAAUAUUAUAAAUCCUGGAGAGGUAACAAUAAAUAAAUUUAAUUAUGAUGAUAUGCCUUAUACUAUAUAAUAAGAUCUAAAGUCAAAUUGUAUUGGAAAUAUUGGUUUUUUUAAAUUACCUUCAAAAUAUUAAACUGAUAAAUUUAACUAUUUCUGUUAGAUUUCUUGUCUAUUUGAGGGGGCAUUUGAAGUUUUUUAUGUAGUAAAUUAAUGAGUAAAUGUGGUAGGUGUUAUAUAUAUAUAUAUACAUUUGAUAAAGUAAAUAAAUGUAUAUAUAAAAAUAAAAUAAAUAAAUCAAUCAAUGCGUCACAUGGAGUAUUAUGAUAAAUAUAUUAUACGACUGGAUUCAAAUUAUUCAUUUAUUUAUUUACCAGUAUUCAUCAUUUAAAUAAUUUUAUUUUUACUUUAUUAUUUUAUUAUAUAUUUGAUACUAAUAUAGACUUGUGCGUUAAUUAUAUUAAUUAUAUUUGUAUACUAAUUAUAUGGAAUAAUAUUUAUAAAUAUAUACUAUAGUGCAACUAAACUCACCCAUAAAAAAGUAUAUUUUUAUAAAAUAGCUUAACUGAUUUUCACAAAACAAAUUAAAAAAAGCCAUCUUAGGAGAUAAUGGGGAUGGGUGCAAUCACUAUUAUUGGUAAUUUAAUGUAUACCUGAGUGAAUUUCAGUUGAUUGUGAUGUUUUGUUAACAAUAUACAACAAUAUAUAUGUGAUAUUAUAUUAAAAUAAUUAAAUAGACAUUAAAUAUUUUUUUAAAUAAUAUUUGUUUAAUUCUGUAGCGAUUUUCCUAUUUUUCUAAGUUUUUCUUGGUUUUUUACAUUCCUUGGGAAAACUCUUGGGAAAAUCAAAAAAUUACCUCCCUACAUCGAUUUUCUUUUAGAAAUGGUGCUACACUUAUAAAUUGAAGCAAGAUAUUUGGUAGAAGUUGUGGACAGUUAAAAAAAAAAAAAAAAUCUGCAAAACCAUAAGCUUCUUCACUCCACUCAGAAUCUAAAAUAAUAAAGAGUUUGAAGAUAUUUUUAUGAUAAUGGUGUCAUAGUAAAGUAGAAACAUUAGACUUUCAAAAAAAAAUUGUUUUGUUAUAAUUGGUUUAGCCAUUUUAAAAAAAUUAUGUCUUUGUAGGUGAGUUAAUUUAGUUGCAUUCAAGUGUAUAUUUUAUUGAAUACUUUCAAUCCUGUUUCAUAAUUAAAAUUAAUAUUAUUGUAGUAAAAACUAUUUAUGUAUACAUUCAAUUUGACAAUAGAAUAACAUAGCAAUUUGUGAAUUUUGUUUUCUCGAUCGAUAUUGUAUAGUCAGGGAGAAUAAUGUGACAUACAAUUUGGUAUUAUAAAAUAAAUCAAAUAUAAAAAAAUUGACUUAAAAAAUUACCUUAGAUAAUAAUAAUAUGUAUUUAAAAAUAAUUUUACCAAAAUUAAUAUAAAAUAUUUUCAAUAAUAAAUUCAUAUAUAAGAGGAAAAUGAGUUUGUAAAUUUAAGUGUUUGUUUUUAAUAGAUUUUAAUUCCUAAUACAUUUAUGAACCAGAUGCAAGGUAUAGUAUUAUAUAAUAUAAUUAAAAACCAGUUUCCAUUAAGUUCUAUACUUACUGCAUCACGAAAACAUUUUUGUGAAAAUGAAGGUAAACAUUACUUAAAGAAUUCUGUAACACCAGAAUGUAUUUCAACAUUAGAACAGGUGUGGUCCAAGUAAGCAAUAUUAUUAUUUAAUUAUUAAUUGUAUAAGAUUAUGGCUAUAAUUUGUGGGCUUUCUGGAUUCUUAUUUAAUUAUAUUGUUGUAGAUAUUAUGCCAUUUCUGCUGCGGCAGCAUUAUUAAAACAUUUAGAAUUUAACCAUAAUGUAAUUUUUCAUUCAAAUACAUUAAAAGUUAAAUAUGAAGGAAUUGAAAACUCAAUGUUUAUUGGUAAGUUGAUAAUUUCAUUGCAUUUAUGUGUUUUUUCGAACAUAAUGAUCUCAAAUACAUGGUGAUUAAAUAUAAAGUAAAACACUCAUUAUCUUCAGUGCGUUUGGAAACACAUUAUUUUCAGGCACCAACCAUAAUUGUUACCUUGUACAAUGCUCGAUUGGGGAAAAUACAAGAAGAGGAACUAUAAGAAUUAUUAAAAAAAAUUGGCAUUCCUUGCAAUUAUUGACACAAUAAUCGUCACGGGAAAUAUUGAAUAAUUAUAUAAUAUAGUUCUUCUGAGAUAUACAAUUUUCAAAAUAUUUUUGUAAUAUUUCAGCUAAUUAUAGAUAUUUGAAAUUUCCGAACCUGUAGAUUAUUGAUUUAAUUAUAGUUUAUUUUUUUUUUGAUUUUUUCCUGUAGUAUUUUUUUAAUAAUUAAUCAAAAUUGAAAAAGAAUAUGAAAAUUUACAAAAAUAAUUAUUUUAUUGUUUAAAACUUUUUUUUUUGUUGUAAUUCAAUUAAAAACAUUUGUAGAAACUUGACAUUUUGACAGACAACUCAUAUUUGUUUUUACAAGAUGUGGUAACUUUGAUCUUUUUAUAGACCUGAUAAAUAAAAAUUGAGUUGUGUAGUAUUUUUUUUUUAUAAGAGUUAGGUAACUUACCACCUACAACAAUGACACACCCGUCCCCAGUAUCAGCUCUUUUUUUUGUAUUUAUUUAAUUUGUUAUUCAUCUGACACUUUUCUACGAGGAAUCUACCUUCAAUUGAAUUGAAUUUAGUGAUUUUUCAUUUUCUAAGUAGUUUGUAUUGUAAUCUGGGAAAAAAUGUACAACUUUACAGUAUUUAUUUAAUUUAUUUAUUAUUAAGAUUUUUAAUUUUUUCGAUUUUGUUUUGUUUAUCAAAUUUUUAAUAGUUUCAAGUACUAAUAUCAUCUUUUUUGAAAAAAAACUGUAUUAAGUUUGCGUGCUAGAUGGUUAUUUUUUGAUAUUCUUUGAAGUUUUCCUAAUAAUUUGAAAAAAAAAAAAAACAAAAAUAAAACUGGAAAAUUUACUGUAUAACCAAUUGGUUUUUGGUUAUUUUGUUAAAAAUAAUUGUAUGACCUGAAAUAUUAAUUAAAUACCUACUUAUAUUAGCCUUCUGAAAUUUUUAAAUCAUUUUGCCAAUUUUUGCAUAUUCAUCCUUAGUAUCAGCCUUUUUUUUUUAUUUCUGAUAGAUAUGAAUUCAGCAUCCAGACUAGAAUUAGUAAUGAAUAUUAGUAGUUCAAUGAACAACAAAAAUACUCUUUAUAAUGCUUUAAAUCAUUGCAUUACUAUUGGAGGUCAAAGGAGACUCCGGUCAUCUAUCCUUCAGCCCUCUACUGAUAUUCAGCUAAUACAUAAUCGCCAAGAAGCCAUAGAGGAACUUAUAAGCAUUUCAGAACAAAAUUUCACUUUGCUAAAAGUAUUUAUGUGUUUAUUACAUUAUGUUUUAUAAUAUUUUGUACAAUAUAAAUAGUAAAUACUAUCUUUUAAUUUUAGAAUGUAAUUAAUAAGUUCAUUGAUACUGAACAAUUAUAUUCACUGUGUACUAAAAUCUCUAUAAACAGUCAACAGAACAUAUCUAAAUUACAAGUGAAUUAUGCUUUGUUAUUAAAAACUACACUAGAAGCAUUGCCUGCACUCGAAGAUAUUUUAAAACUAUUUAACUCUACAUAUAUUACUGACAUACGCAAAGUUAGUAUUAAUAAAUACAACUAAUUGUAAUAAUAAUUUAUAAUAAAUGUGUACUGUUAAUUUAGUCAUUAUCAAAUUCUGGAUAUUUAAAAAUGUUUGAAAUAAUUGAUAUGACUAUGCACAAAGAAUCUACCAGAUCAAAAGGCUUUGCGCAAUCACAGUUUCAAAGAUGUUUUGGUGUUAAAUCUAAUUUAAAUCCUGUGCUAGAUGUUUCUCGUGCUGUCUAUAGUGAUUUAGUUGAAGAAUUUCAUGGUAUGCAUAAAAAAGACUAAUCAAAACUAUAUAAAUCUGGAUUGUAGCUAUGGUAUUAUUAAAUUAUUUAAAAAUUUAAUGUUUUAGAUAGAGUAAAGAUUUUGGGUGAACAACUAGGAACAGAACAUUUGAUUAUGAAAAAUUCAUCUAACCGAGGAUUCCACGUUCAAGUAAACUUGAAGAAUAUUAACAAUUUUGACCCUAAACAUCCUCCGAUAAUAUGCAAACAUGUAAGUUGAUUAUUACGAUUUAAUAUGCAUAAUAUUUUGUAUUAAAAGAACAACUUAAUUUUACUUUGUUAACACUUGACUUUAUUUUAUAUACAAUUUAAAUAGGUGAUAUGUGUUAAAAAUAUUGUAAAAUUUACAACAGAAGAUUUAUUAGUUUUAAAUAUUCGUAUUACUCAAGCACUGAACGAAAUACAAAUGGUGACAAAUGAGUAAUUUUUUAUUUACACAUACAGUAAUUUAAAAUAUCCUUAUAGGCAUUGAUAAAUUCUUUUUAUUUUAUUAGAAUGUUGUUUGCAAUGUUCGAAGAGUUAAGAAAAUACAUGGGUUGUAUAUUUGAUCUAUGUAACAGCAUUGCCGAUUUAGACUUGAUAGUUUCAUUUGCCCAAUUUAGUAUGCGUUCUGGAUAUACUAAACCAAAGUUUGGACAACACAUGGAUAUUAAAAAUUCUAGACAUCCAAUAUUGGAGUUUAUCAAUCUAAUUAAACCAGUUGAAAAUGAUAUUGUAAGUUUUUAUUUAAUGAAAGUGAAUAAUAUUGUAAAAUAUUGGUAUUAUUUCAUAUUUGUUGCAUAUGUUGUAGUGAUAAAUUCUUAAUAAAACACUCAUUAUUAGAAUUUAUUAUUUGGAAAAUUUAAGAAACAGCAGUUCUAAAAUGGUGCAUGACCAUUAUUUUUUGGAUUAAAACUCGACUUUUGAUUUUUGAGUAACAACCUAAUAAAAUUGUAUUAAAAAGUUCUAAUUUAAUACAUUUCAGUGUUAACAUUUUUAAUUUCCAUUAACCCGUGGACAAGAUAUUCCAAUUUAAGUUUAGAUAAGGGGAGAGUAGUAGUGUACUGUGUCGCUACACAAAUGAUGCUCCACUAGAUUUUUAAUAUAGAUUGCUAUUUGAAAAUCAAAAGUAAGUAAUGGUUUCAUGUCCAAAACUAAGAGUGAACAAAAAGUCUAACAUUUUAAAAGUGCUUAUGUAUUAGUUGAUUUUCUAUAAAACAAAUGCUGGACAAAUUAAAUUCUUUCCGAGAUAAUAAGUGUUUCAUUGAGGAUUAGUCGUUUUGUAUUAUGCCAUUUUUUUUGUUUUUUUAUUGGAAUAUGAAAACAAUUUUUAUUUAUUUAAAAUUAUUUAUUUAUAAUGUUAUUUAAUUAGUUUGCUACAACUAAUAAAAAUUUAAAUAUUAUCACUGGACCAAACAUGGGCGGAAAAAGUAUAUAUAUACGCCAAGUAGCAUUGUUACAAAUCAUUGCUCAAGUUAGUAGCAUCAUUAUAAAUUAUAGUUCAGGAUAGUUUUACAAUUUAAAAUUUUCAGAUUGGAUGUUUUGUUCCUGCAUCAGAAGCUCAGUUUCGUAUUUGUGAUAAAUUAUUUACAAGAAUAGGAUUUGGAGAUAAUAUUGAAUCCAAUUCGUCUACAUGGGUUUUAGAAGUAUGUACAGUAAAUAUACAGUUAUUAUGUUUUAAUAAUAAAUAAUUUAACACAUAAUAUUAUGUAAAGAAGAAUAGAAUAGUAUAUUAUUGGUAAAUUAUUUAUCUAAGUAAAAUUAUUAAUGUAAAAAUAGUAUUUAUAAUCAAGAGUUAAAAUAACAAAAUAUAAGAAUAACAUAUAUAUUAGUUUUAUUAUCAUUAUUUUUUUAUAGAUAAAAGAAUUAAAUGCUAUACUUCCUUCAAUUACAACACAUAGUUUAAUAAUAAUUGAUGAAUUGUGUCGAGGUACUUCUUGUGAUGAAGGGUCCAGUUUAGCAUGGGCGAUUUGUGAACAUAUAAUGCAGUCUUGUGCUUUUAUAUUUUUAGCAACACAUAGUAUUUUAGUAACGAAACUUCAAGAUUUGUAUUGCAAUGUUGUCAAGUAAUGAAACAUUACAUUUUUGUAUAUUAUCUAUUUCUCAAUAUUAUGUAGUGCUAUAUGUUGAAAGGGAAACAUACUCUAUUUAUAAAUAUAUAAUAUUUGUAUGAUCAUUUAUUUAGUUUACUACAAAUAUAUAUUUUUAGUAUUGUGUUAUUAUAGUUAUCAUAUGGAAGCAUUACCUGCAAUGGAUUCUACGAGUGGAUUGUCUUAUACAUAUAAAUUACUACCUGGAGUAACAAAUAUUAAUGAUUAUGGUUUGGCUUUGGCUGGAGAUGUUAAAUUGCCCGAAAAAUUAAUUGAGCAUGCUAUAGAAAUUGGAAAAACAUUGCAUCAAACUAAAAUGGCAAGUGCUUAUAGCAUAGGCACAUAUAAUGUAGUAUAAUAUAAUAUGCAAUAAUAAACUAACAAAAUAGAUACCUGAAAUUUGUAUUUAAAAUUAAAUUUUUAUAAAUAACUUUUAUGUUGACAGACAUUAGUUGAUAAUCCAUCAAAUGAAACAUUCUUGAUUUUGGAUAAUUGUAUUCAAUCACUUUUAUAUAUGAAGGAUAACGAAUGUCUCAAUACAUCCACCAUACUAACAAUAACAACUAAAAUGAUGGAAGAAUUGAUAGAAAAUAGAAGAAAAAACAAUGAUCCAUUAAUGGAAUUGAUAGACUCUGAUGAUGACAUUGAUAGGACAAACCUGCGUGAUAAUAACUAUUAUUCUCUACGAUUAACUAAUGAAUAAAUAUACAAUGUACAAAUAAGAAUUUUUUUUUUUUUGAUUUAAAGUAAUAAUUAUAUUUAAAAAUAUUUAAGUUAAUUUAUUUUUUAUUAUUAUUUUUUUUUUUUAAAUUGCCUAGAGGCAUUUUUAUUUAAAUGAUAAAAGAAUCUUUAUAAAUAUAAAUUGGUAAGAGUGUUAAUACAUACAAAUAUGUAUAUAAAACUUUUAUAGGGUUCUACUUCCAGUGAAGCAUUGAAAGCAUGAUGUAGAUAAUAUGGUGUAGUCACUGUCAAUUGUACGUAUGAGAAAUAAAUGAGUACCGUUUUGACAGCAUUUUAGUUACACAAUAGUCCAUUGAGAAGAGUUGAGAAGGUCGAUUUCUUCAACCAAUAAAAUGUUUAAAUAAUUAAAUAAUAAUGUGCAUUAUAUUUAUUUAUUAUAUUAUAUAUCGAUUGUAAAAUAAUAAACAUUUU